AACCAAAGGUCCACUACACGCACGCGCACAUCAUUAUCUUCCUAAACCCACACACUCUUUGAAUUCAAAAGGGAGGAAAGGGAAGAAGCUCAGAGGAACCUAAAAUGCCCAGCUCAUGCAAAGAAUUACGUGAGGCGCUAGCCCAAUGCCUCCAAGAAUCAGACUGCGUCAUGGUCGAUCGCAACAGCGCAGCCGACUGCCUCCGCUCCCCGCUCCUCGAAACCCUCCCGACCAAGUGCCAGCAGCUGAAGAAAGGCCUCGGCGAAUGCAAGCGCGGCAUGGUCGACAUGCGCAAGCGCUUCCGCGGCAACCUCCCCGUCACCUACCAGACCGUCUCGGAUGCCGACCGGACAAAUAAGGGCUACCAGCUGUACGCCGGCCGUCCCGCCUUCGCCGGCGGCCGCGGGGAGACCGACGGCAACGAAACCGCGCCCAAAGACUGGCGCGAGGCUGAAAACGAGGAGUAUCGGAAGCAGCAGCAGAAGAAGCUCGCGGAACAGCUCAAGCCGUCCAAGUAACCCGGGUCUCGUAACAGAAGUGCUGUGGACGAGAGAGAGGGGUUGUAGGGGGGCUCUCCAGAGGUGCGAGCUUGUCUUCACACAGGAAAACAAAUGGACCUCGUAUAUAUGGGUUGUACGACUAGUAAAAGAGCAUUUAGACGGCGUCAUGGUUGUUUGUUUUUGCCAAGGAUGGGGCUACGAUCGAUCAUCGACGGUAUGAGAUAUUGGCUGAGGGUUUUCUUCGGUCACAUUCUCAUCCUGCUCGCGCAUAGCUGGCCGGGUUGGGGCGGGGCGGG